AUGCCAUUUAAAGAUUCGACUAACAGAACACCACGGCAUCAUCAAAAUGAUAAUUUGCGAACAAAUAGUAAAACUCCGAAAAGUGCUAAUAAAGAAAACCGUUCGAUAUCACAGAAAACUCCAAGUCAUAAUUCAAGUAUUUCAUUUAACAAAUCAAAAGGCGGUUUAAAAAAGCGUGAACUUACACCAUCCAGAAAUCCUAAUUAUAGCGGUGUUGGUGGUGGUGAUCGGUUCAUACCAAAUCGAAGUGAAACACAAUUUGAAUUUGCAAAUCACUGCCUUGUUAGUCAUAACUCUGAGUGUGAUUCGCUUUUAAACACGUCAACGUCUGCACCAACCAGUCCAUCAAGAGCUGAAAAGGCUUACAUGAUAAAAAUGAUGCGCGCUAAAUCAGCAAACGACGUAGAUACUAAUAGUGAUGAAAGAAUUUUAUGCUACAAAAAGGGCCAAGCACCGCUACCACCAUUGGGUUACGUGAAUCAAUCAAAAGUACUUUAUACAUCAAGCACUUUGAAGCCAUCUGGAAGUGUUAGCAAGGGAUUGCGCUAUAUACCUAAUAGUCCGGAACGAAUUCUGGAUGCACCAAAUUUUAUGGAUGAUUACUACAUGAAUGUGAUUCAUUGGAGCUAUGAUAAUGUUAUUGCUGUUGCUCUAACGUAUGCUCUAUAUCUGUGGAAUGCUUCUACCGGCGAGAUUAUUACACUCUUUGAAUUACCAGAGGAAUCUGGGAAUUAUAUUACAUCAGUUCAGUGGGCAGAACAAAGCUCGAUUUUGGCAAUUGGACUUUCAAAUGGAUAUGUCAAGUUAUUCGAUCCUGCACGAGAAAAUUCUUUGCUGCGAACAAUGCAAUGCCAAAUAAGUCGAGUAGGAUGCUUAUCUUGGCGUCAACAUGUACUUUCUGCUGGCUGCCGAUCAGGACGAAUAUAUCAUCACGAUGUUCGUGUUCGGAAUUUCCAAAUUGGAACAUUUCCCGGACACGGGCAGGAAGUUUGUGGCCUUGUGUGGAGUAGUGAUGGUCACUAUCUUGCUAGUGGUGGAGGUGAUAAUAUGGUUAAAAUAUGGGAGCCUUCAAUUUUGACAGCUGAAGAUCCGGAACCACUGUAUAGUUUCAGCGAUCAUCUUGCAUCGGUGAAAGCGAUUGCAUUUAAUCCUCAUCAAGCACAUUCAUUAGCAACUGGUGGUGGUACCGUCGAUCGAACAAUUAAAUUCUGGAAUCUUGCCAGUGGGACACUGAGUCACAGUCAAGAUACUGACAGUCAGGUAAAUGCCCUGGCAUUUACGUCGAAUUAUAAGGAGCUUAUUAGUGGCCAUGGAUAUCCUGGUAACGAUUUGAAAAUAUGGAAAUAUCCAUCGAUGAAUUGUCUUAAGGUACUGACUGGACAUACUGAACGCAUAUUGGGCAUGACGAUUUCGCCAUGUGGACAGUAUGUUAUGAGUGCAUCUAGCGAUGAAAGUCUUCGUCUUUGGUGGUGUUUUAAAGUUGACAAAAGCGCCAAACUAAAGUCAGCAACAAAAAAAUCCCGUUUGGUACAGUCCGUUCGUUAG